UUUAAAAUUUUCUCCCUCUUUCACAGAUCAAACACUGGAAGGUGCUCGCGCGCUCGAACGCGAUGAGCGACUUCCCGAGCGACUUUGACGUGCUGACGUUGGACGAGGCGCCCGACCCCGACGGAUCCGCCUCCGGAAUCGACCUGCUUAAAUCGCACCCGUCCAUCAAGUCCGUUUCGCCGCAGCGCAUGGUCCACCGGACGCUCAAGUACGUGCCCAUUGAUCCGACGGUGGAUGGUGAUGACCGGGGUGAAGUUGAGCAGGAGGAUUUCGGGGAGGACGCUGAACAGGACGAAGAAGUGGCCGAGCUGAUCGAGUCGUAUGAGAAUUUUAAACGAAAACUUUCGACGGAUGUUAACGAGUUGAACGAAACGCAGCAGCAACAGCAGCAGGUGGUUCCGAGGCAUACGAAUAGGAGGUUGUUGAGGGCGAUUCCCAGGCAGAUUACUUCCUUGUUGAAGGCGGACGUGCUGUGGGGGAUGGGAAUUACAGGGAAGGGGGUGAAGGUGGCGGUUUUUGACACGGGGUUGUCGAAGAACCAUCCUCACUUCAAGUCGGUUAAGGAGCGAACGAACUGGACCAACGAAAAGACGCUGGAUGACGGGGUUAGUCACGGGACGUUCGUGGCGGGGAUCAUCGCGUCAUCGAAGGAGUGUUUGGGCUUUGCGCCGGACUCGGAGCUGCACAUCUUCCGGGUGUUUACGAACAAUCAGGUUUCGUACACGUCGUGGUUUCUGGACGCGUUUAAUUACGCGAUCUUGAAGAAGAUCAACGUGCUAAAUUUGAGUAUUGGCGGGCCGGACUUUUUGGAUCAACCGUUUGUGGAGAAGGUGUUGGAGUUGUCGGCGAAUAAGGUGAUCAUGGUGUCGGCCAUUGGAAAUGAUGGACCGCUGUACGGGACGUUGAACAAUCCUGGAGAUCAGAUGGACGUGAUCGGGGUUGGCGGGAUGGACUACAACGAUAACAUCGCCAAGUUCAGUUCGAGAGGCAUGACGACGUGGGAGUUGCCGAACGGGUAUGGACGGAUGAAGCCGGAUAUUGUGACGUACGGGAGUCAGGUUAAGGGAAGUAAUUUGAACGGGGGUUGUAAGUCUUUGUCUGGGACUUCAGUGGCUUCGCCGGUCGUAGCUGGUGCGGUGACCUUGUUGGCAAGUGGCGUGAUCAACCGACUUGAUCACGUCAACCCGGCUUCGAUGAAGCAAUCGUUGAUCGAGGGCGCGCAACGUCUUCAGGAGAACAACAUGUUUGAGCAAGGUCACGGCAAGUUGAAUAUCCUGAAGAGCAUGAAGAUCUUGUCCACGUACAAACCGAAGGUAACACUUUCACCCGCUUAUCUGGACUUUACCGAGGACUACAUGUGGCCGUACACGACGCAGAGUUUGUACCACACGAGCGCUCCGGUGAUCGCGAACGUGACGAUCCUCAACGGGAUGGGAGUCAUUGGGAGGGUCAUCAAUCGACCAACCUGGCAUCCGUACACUAAUGAAAACGGUCAAAUGCUCAACAUAUCGGUCACGUUUUCCGAGCAGUUGUGGCCGUGGGCCGGCUGGAUGGCGGUUCAAAUCGGGGUUAACGAAGCGGGACAGAAGUUUGAAGGGGUAGCGCAGGGUCACGUAACCUUGACCGUGCAGAGUCCCGCCGGUCCGGGGGAGAACGAACCCCGCAACGGAACCGUUAGCUUCCCGAUCAAAGUGAACAUAAUUCCGCAACCUCCGAGACAUAAACGGAUCCUGUGGGAUCAGUACCACAGCUUGAGGUACCCGCCGGGUUAUCUACCUCGCGACAACCUGAAGAUCAAGUCGGAUCCACUUGAUUGGCGCGCCGAUCACAUUCACACCAACUUCAAGGACAUGUACACGCAUCUCCGGAAUGCCGGCUAUUACGUUGAGGUUCUGGGCGCCCCGUACACCUGCUUCAACGCCAGUCACUACGGAACGCUACUCCUCGUAGACCCGGAAGAGGAAUACUUCCACGAGGAGAUCAUCAAACUGAAGAACGACAUUCUGGAACGCGACCUGAGCGUGAUCGUGUUCGCCGACUGGUACAACACGACCGUGAUGCGCAAAAUCAAGUUCUACGACGAAAACACGCGCCAGUGGUGGAUGCCGGACACCGGCGGAGCCAACGUUCCGGCGUUGAACGAACUGCUCCGGGAUUUCGACAUCAUCCUCGGUGAUAAGGUCUCCGAGGGGUACUUUGACAUGCGCGAUCACCGUAUGUACUACGCCUCCGGGUGUAACAUCCUGAAGUUCCCCACCGGAAACAACACGAUCCUCAUCGAGCGCGAUCUCUUCGAUCAGGGCUUCGACAUCUUGUCUCCGGACGAGAAGCGACAGAAGACCCGUGCCAAAACCGCGAUCCUCGGUCUGCUUCAAACCGAUCACACCUACUCAAAAGUGCAACCCGCCACCCCGAACCCUGAUCCGUUCAACGGGUUCAACCUGGAUCUGGACGCGGAUCGCAGCGAGGAACGCCAGAUCGAUCGCGACUCGAUCAUCAACAAGCGCAUCCUGCUCGGCGGUGUCAAGUCCUUCCCGGACGACUUUGACGACAACAUCCCGAACGAGGGUGGCGAGCAGCGGCUGGACUUUGAAAGCGGGAACGCAAUCGGCAAUCCGGACUUUGAUCUGCUGCGCAAUAUGGCCGAGGAUGACGCCGACCAGGACGACAUCAAGAAGAUCCAGCACCCGGAGGAGAUCAGCCAGCUGCUGCUGGAGAAGAAGCAGAACUUUACCGGCGAGAAGAUCAUCAUGGUGGAGGUGCCGAAGACGCUGCUCAAGCUGGAGCCGGAUCAACCCAAGCCGGUCAAGUUCAAUGACAGUUCCGCUGGAGGGAAGGGUCGCAAGAUCGGCGGUCGGAUCGCGAUCUACGGUGACUCAAACUGUCUGGACUCGACCCACCUGGAUAAACCGUGCUUCUGGCUGCUGGAUUCCUUGCUGGAGUACACGAUGACCUCGCACGUGACGAAUCUCCUGCGGGAUUUGAACAGCAGUCGGCGCAACGAAAUCCUCAGCGACGCCAAACCGCCAACCCGUCUCGCCACCAACAACCUGCACCUCUACUCCAAGGUGCUGCAGGGGCCGGGCAACGAGAAGCGCGAUCUGCCGCUCUGUCGGCCGCUCCGCUGGGAGCAACCCGUCUCGCUGAACAUGUCCUCGCUCAGCGGGUACGGCCUGAACGAGCGGCUGAUGCUCCAGCAGCAGCAGGAACUGCUGGCGCGGCAGGCCCAGAUCCCGGCGGGUGGCCUGCUCGGCAACGAGAUCGACAACAGCGUCAACCUGUUCCGCAAGCUCGAGAGUCAAAAAGCAACCGUAAUCAGCGCCAACGACGAGCCGGACGUCCCGGGCUGGCGCAACAAAAAGACGGACAAGAUUCCGCCGAACGCGCCACCCAACAGCUUCGCCAACCCGUCCGCGGCGCAUCCUUCGGUGGGUUCGGUCGGCGUCAAAGUGCCCAUCGCCGGAGGGGAUCCCCGCAUUGCCGGAGGUCAGCAACAGCAGCAGCAGCAGAAUCAGAAGCAGCAGCCUUACGCACAGUACGCGGAUUCCGGUGACUUUGCGUUGAGUCCAAACGAUGGAGGUGGUGGAAGUGGGUUCAGCUGGACUUCGAACUGGUUCGUGACGGUUUCGUUGGUUUUGCUGCUGCUGUUGCUGCUCAACUGGAUCCGGAAGACCAAGGGACUAACUAUCAAGCGGAGGUUUAAUUAUGUUUUUAAGAAGAUUGGUUUCUAAAGUUUCGGGAACCGCGUGCGGUUUACAAUUGGCUUGGAGUCUUGCAAAUCAUCCUUUUUUUUGUUUAAGUUUUUACUAAUUUGGGACCCAAAGAUUUUGUUGCUUGUAUAUAGUUUCUAUUUAACGCAGUAAACAAAGGCAUAUAUGUUUUAUACUUAAUUUAAGAGUAUAACAAAUUGUACUGGUUAAGUGCUAAUUCAGAGAAUUUUGCAUACAUUAUGUAGAAUAAUCUCACCAGCGGCAGCAGCUGCUAGAGCGAAGCUGGGAUGUACCAAUAAACACGAACGACACUGUCUAUUUUUAUAUGGAAA